GUUUUUGGCAUGGGAAGGAGGGAAGAAAGGAUGAGACCGAACUGAAACUCUGUGGACAGAGUACGGCCGCUCUGUAGCCUGCAAGAAGAUGUACAAGGAGGAUUUCAGGAACAUGAUUGAAGAGAAUAUAACCAGUAAUGGAUCUGCCUUCUCUCACACCUGUACCAUGAGGGCCAUAUUGAUUACAGCCUACUCAAUUGCAUUUACUGGAGGUGGGAUCGGAUCCAUCGCAAUGUCGUUUGUGCUAGUCAAGAUGAACACUCUGUCUGUGACCACUACAGCAAUUAUUAACCUGGUUGUGGUGCAUGGUCUUCUUCUCCUGACUGUGCCAUUCCGGAUACACUACUACAUCAACAAAGAGUGGGUCUUUAAGAUGCCAUUUUGUAAAAUGGUGAGUGCAAUGGUGCACAUCCACAUGUACCUGACUUUCCUAUUCUACGUGAUCACACUGGUGAUUCGAUGGCUCAUAUUCUUUCAAUGGAAGGACAAGGUGGAGUUUUACAGGAAGCUGCAUGCCAUCACAGCAAGUGCUACAGUGUGGGUCGUGGUCAUGGUCUUUUUGGUGCCAGUCUUCUAUGUUGAAUAUGGACGCUCAGGGAGAUACGAUGAUAAAACAUGCUUUAAGUUCCACAAAGAGCUACAGCAAGAUAGUGUGAAAGGUCUGAACUAUACCAUAAUUGUGGUUGUUUCCUGCAUUACUUGUGUCCUCUUGAGCUUGCAGAUUUUCAUUCUGGUAAAAGUGGCGAGAAAAUUCUCCUUCUCCCUCUGGUCACACCAAGAGUUCUGGGCCCAGGUGAAAAACUUGAUUUUCAUCUGCGUUAUCAUAAUUUGCUUCCUUCCCUACCACCUUUUCAGGGCCUACUAUAUACAGCACGUGAAUGAUUAUAGCCAAUUAGAAAGCUACAAUGAGGUAUUUUUGAGUCUGACUUCCCUCAGCUGUCUAGAUUUGUUGUCAUUUGUGCUGAGUGGAAGCCGUCUCUUUAAGCAAAAGGUAUGUGUACUCCGAAGCAAGUUGACUUGCUGUUAG